AGCCGGGGGGUGGGGUGGGGGGUUGGUUGUGUACUGUUAGUAAUUUAAUGUAUUUUCGUUUAGAGUAGCUGCUGCAGUUUAAUGUGGUUAAAGUUGAUCGGAUAUCGUGUCUUACUGUCCAUGCUAAGAGCCCAAGGCUUUCGAUUGAAAUACUAUUCAAGCUUCCCUCAGACUUCUGUCCAGAUGAAGAAUGUGGACAGUGAAUGAAGCGUGGUGUUUUUGUCCGGUAUAGAUCGAGGUUCUGUGUCCAGUUAAUCAUGCAGGCAUCACGCUCUGCCCUCGUGGCCGGCCAGGAGAAUAACGUUACAGCUGCAGGAGAGUCCACUAAUGACACCAAAACACACUUUCGAGUCUGUCGCUUCAUCAUCGAGACGGGAGUGAAGUUGGGCAUGCGGUCUGUUCCUGUAGCCACUGCAUGUUCGCUCUACCACAAGUUCUUCCAGACCGCCAGUUUACAGGUCUACGAGCCAUAUCUAGUAGCCAUGUCCUGCAUCUACCUUGCUGGCAAAGUUGAAGAGCAGCAUCUCAGGACAAGGGACAUUAUCAAUGUUUGUCACAGAUAUUUCCGUCCAGGAAGUGAUCCACUGGAGCUGGAUGAGAAGUUCUGGGAGCUGCGAGAUAGUGUAGUACAGUGUGAACUUCUCAUUCUCAGACAGCUCAACUUCCACGUCUCCUUCGAGCAUCCUCAUAAAUACCUUCUGCACUACCUUCUGUCUGUGCGGAGUUUAAUGAACCGUCACGCUUGGUCUCGGACACCGAUCGCUGAAACAGCCUGGGCCUUGAUCAAGGACAGUUACCACGGACCGGUGUGUGUGCGCCACCAGCCUCAGCACCUCGCACUAACAGCACUCUACCUUGCUCUGCACACUUAUGGAGUCCAGGUGCCUGCCGGAGAGAGGGAGUGGUGGCAGGUUCUGGGUGAGGACAUUACCAAAGCUCAGAUUGAGGCCAUAAUGACUGAACUGCUGCAGCUCUAUGACAUGGAAGCCAAAUGCACCUGAGAGGGAACAGAGUGUGAAACAGACCAUGUAAAGCAGACUGCAACCUAGUCUGGAGUCCUUUUUUACCCCCCAGAACACCACUACCCCCACCCCUGAGACCAGAGCCCGACUGGAUCAUGGACCAAAUUCCAGAAAUAGUUUUUUUUGCUUCCCGCAAUUAUUUUGUUACCCAAAAUUAUACAGCUGGAUUUUUUUUUUCAGCUAAGGAAGUUGUGGAAGUGACCGUGCCGAUGCCUACAUUAAUGUGAGGUAGGGUAAUGAGGACUGAGAGCGUGAGUCAGCGGGUGACAGUCAGAGAAACAGGCUUUAGCCACAGAACAUCCAUCACUUCCCAAGCUCAUGCCCUACUUUCUUUUCCUCCCUUGUUCCAGUUUCUCUGGGAAGUAAAGAGGAAGAGUGAGAAAAGGGGGAAAGUCUUAUGGGGGGGGAGAAUUAAAGAAGAAAUCUAACCAUGCCCAACUAUCCCGGGAGCUAGUCUUUACCUGGAGGUAAAGCAACCAAAACUGGGGCACUGCUUUGAUAUGCUUUAAUUUAAUUACACACACUUUCUCUCCCAUUAUAACUCAUCCAUUAUGGUUCAGUGAAGUUAUAUUACAGUUUAUCAGAUGAUACAGUAAAUUGUGAUUGUUUUGGACAUUUUGAGUUUUGUUCACUCAGCUGUUAACUGAUAUUUUAAAAACAAAAUGUGACAAGUGUACAGGUACAUUAUUUUUUUCUUUUCUACUGUCUUUUUUCUGUGAGCGUCACAUGCAUGCAUGCGGUUCGAGAGAUUUUACUGUGAUAUCAGGUUAUUCCAGCAUGCACUGUCAUGCUUAUCCACAUCAGGGGAAAAAUAAAUGAAGUGAUGCUGGGCAAAAACUUAGUAUUAAAUGAAAGUUGUGAAUUUUAAUGUGUUAGCAUUCUCAAAGCAUCAAAUUAAAGCCAUUUAAAUGGCUCAUAAACCAAUGCUAUAUUUGGUGUGAAGUUAUAAUCCUUUUAAAUGGUCUGUCUUUUAUUCUAUUAAGUCGGUUUUACUAGUACACAGACACAAACAUUCCCCAUCUCUCUGCAGGCAGGCCCUAAUGCUAGGCGUUAUGAAUUAUGAAGAGGGUACAUGUGCAGCCGGAAUCUCUCCCAUAAAUAAAACAUCAUCAUGGCUCUUGCUAUAGCGUAUAGUGCUUGGAAUAGGAAAGAUCGGAUUGAUUGAGACUAUACCCCUUGCCUGUUUCCUGUUCUUCUGCUAGCCUGCCUUUCUUCCUCUAUUUUCUGGCAUAUAAUCACUGUCCUCUAUUUUUGUCCAUGUUGUAUGCGGCCAAACAGAACCCCCACCCCACCCCCCGGUGUAACUGUAUCUGGUCCAUGCUUCCUUUUGCCUCCUGGGGUAUUUUUUUCUCUAACUCUUUUCGCUCUGUCUUACAAUCUAAAUCUUUCCACCAAUUUUCUGACUUUGAAAUUUUAUUCCGAUUCCAUUACAUUUAACCUCUAUACAGUGCUCUCUCUCUCUCUCUCUCUCUCUCUCUCUUUGUCUAUUUGAUAGUUAUAAAUCAAGACUCUUUAAACAUAUUGAAAAGGAUUAUCCCAAAGCCUCUAUGAGGUCUAUAAGAAGCAUCUGGUUUUCCAGAGAAAUUCUUGGGAAAAAUGUAUGCCUUAUUGAGAAGAGAGAUGCCCUUAAGCUUAAAGCAUUGUUCUUCAGGAACAGUUUGUCACUCAUUCUUCACACACAUAGCCAGUCUAUAAUACGAAAGGUGUAGCAUGCACAGUAAUGGGAAAUAGGGAAUUGAUAUGUAAUGUGUGCCAGUGAAGCACAGAUUGUCUGCUCAGGCUUCAGUGGAGGCCUUCUAAAGCCUGUAGUGCCUGCAGAGCUAAUGCACAGCUGCUCCCUGAGGAAGUGGCAUCUCCCUUCCAAGCCCUCAACUCUGAAUUAUAAAUACCCAACUCAGCAGAAACUUUGCUCCACCACCUAGUCCACACCUCACAAAUGUGUCCGUGGCAGGGUUGUGGUGGAAGAUGGCCUUUGUCAUUGUGGAUGUGUGUGAGGUGUAGGCUGCCACUGCUGGAUGGCAUACAGGUAAAUUCAGUGGUUUGAGUAACAUUUUAGAAACAGUAAUUUUACAAAAUAUAACAUUCACUGUAACAGGGUGAGCUCAGAGCUUGUUCCUCUUAUGCUAUAAUCCAUAUCAGAACAUUUCAACAGCUGCUUUGUGUGUCUCUAUAUUUGCACAUUUGUAUACAAUUCCUACAGGACACUCUUUAGCAGAUAAAAGCAUCUUCUUGGCCCAAAAGCCCUCCUGAAUUAAACCUGUCCAGUCUGUACCUUGUGGGUGUUGGAAUUUACAUGUUUUUAAAUGGCUUAGGGACAGAUAUUCAUGUGGCAGAUCUCCUCUGUGAGAGGGCAGAUGUGCAUGUGUGAUGUGAGCCAGAAAAAAAUGCUUUUUACUAUGUUACAGAAACCUGUUUAGGUAAAUUUUUUGUACUAUUUUUAAGUAGGCUGUGUAGGUACACCCAGUUUCCCGUGGAAUUCUGGCAUAGAACUAACAUUAAAUUUGAUUUCUGCUAUGUCGUGUUGUGCAGCUCAGUAGAUAUUUCCCAAACCCAGAACCUGUAGAUAGAAGUUUUUGUACUUUUGUAUAUUUUAUAAACUACUAUUUACUUUUCUCAAGUAUAGCUGUUGCAUGUUUUUU